AUGAACCACAUCCCGUCAACCGCAAGACCAAAUCACCAAGCCGAGAACCCAUCGCUUCCGUCUUUGAACCUCUUCAAGCUCGUCCGCGAUUCGAAACCAGCAGUCCGCUACACUGUCUACGCCGGUCUCGGUUUGAUGGCCACCGUCGAGACGACCUUCUGGUUCCACGUGCUGCGAGCCAAGUUCUUCCCGCGGGCAUCGGCAGAAGAGCAGGAAAAGGCUGAUGCGCUUCUCGAGCGCUUAGGCGAGGCUAUGAAGAAUUAUCGUCAUGUGUGGAUGAGGAAUUACGGCAGGUACUAUGGUGCGCAUGUGUGGGGUCUGGGGUAUGGGGGGCUUGAUGGUCUGUAA